AUGUAUUCCCCCGAGAAGGACAAGCUGACGGGGGCCGCGUACGACAAUCUGCCCGGCGGUUUUUGUCCCCCGAAAUUCGAGACCAAUGGGAAAAACCGGUUUACAAACAAAACCGUCAUCGUGACCGGUGGCGCCGGGAACUUCGGCAAGAGCUGCGCGCUGCGCAUGGCGAGCGAGGGGUGCAACAUUGCGCUCUGGGAUUUGGUUGACGCCAGCCCGGUCGUGGAAGAGAUUAGAAGGAAGUACCCGGAGGUGAAUGCAAAGUCCUAUCAGCUGAACGUCACGGAGCACGAGAAAGUGGAAGAGGUAGCAAAGCAGGUAAAGGUAGAUUUCGGGAAGAUUGACUACCUGUUCAACAACGCCAGUUACCAGGGCGAUUUGAAGAAGAUGAUGAACUGCUUGCGCAGUUCCCUUAUCAUGUGCAAAAGUGUCGCGCUCAUAGCAAUUGCAAUCAUGCAUUGAAAUCUUUUUCUCAAGGUCAAUCCGCAUCACAAACUUUUUUUUCUCAUGUUGAGGGGAUUUGUCAUGCAGUUAUACAUAUGUGUGCGAUACCUUUGUAAUUUAUACCCCGGCACGGUACUGCCCGGCAGUUCCUUCAAUAUCUCAAUUUCGGACGGCACUGA